CUGAUCCUCUCUUGCGCAAAUACUCCCAGGCACACAGACAAAAUGUGCGCACACUCAACACCAAACAGGAAGACUUUCUGGUAGCUGGUAACCCGUCAGAUUUGUCUCUGAAGAGAAGAGUUUCUGAAUGAUUGCAGCAUUGGUGCCUCUGAAGAACACAGUGGGAAACUAAAUGAAAGGAGAAGGAAUGGGAGUCCAUCCCUCACCUAUCUGACUCUGGAGAAGUCAUCCAAAAGCCAAGAGGGUGAUGGUUUCAAACUAAUCCCUUAAGCCUAAAGGUUUCAGUCAUGUUCACUCCCAGGAAAAACAGCCUUCCUUCACCCAGCCUGGAGGACUCCUUCUUUCCUCUCUCCUCUUCCUCUUCUGUAUCUCUCUUUGCUUUGCAAUCAGCCUCAUCCCCCCCUGACGGCAUGGAUGGUGGGGGAGCGAUAGAGACUGACCUGAUACUGGCUGCAGAACUGGGACGGGCCUUGCUAGAGAAGAAUGAGGAGCUGGCAGAAACUCUGCAGCAGAGAGAGAAAGAGGUGGAGGCUUUACAGCAGGAGAAGCACAUCCUGCAGAGGAAGCUGGAGAUGAAUGAACUGGAAUCAGGGCAGAAGGAGUCAGAGCUCAAUGCAGACUUAGCUGCACUGAGGGCAGAGCUGCAGAAAUACCACAGCGAGGGGAGAGACCGGAGGAAAGAUGACAGCGAACAGAUGACUCAGUUGGCCAAUCACAACCAGAGACUGGUGGAGCAACUAUCUGAGGCUGUAACGCUGGAGCACUCCUUGAGGACUGAGCUCCGCACCCUCAGAGAAGAGAUGGAGGAGUCAUCCUUUAGUCGAAAUAUCAGCUUCACACAAUUAGAAAAUAUGCAAGCUGAGAACAGAGUAUUGCAGGAGCGGCUGUCGCACAUGGAGACACAGCUGAAAGCUUCAGAGGAGGACAGCCAGAGGCUCCGUGUGGAGAGAGACGGACUGCGGGACAGACUGUCAGAGCUUCAUAUUAAACUGACUGAGAAGGAAGCAGAGAUAGAGCAGGAGCAGGGGGUUGUGUUUGAGUUACGCACCUUGAAUCGCUCUUUACAACAAAAAGAUCUGAACCUGGGAGAGGAGAGCUUCCUGGAUAGUACGCACACACAACCUUUGUCUCUGCUCAGUGAAAUUCAGCAGACACAGGCUACAGAGGCUCUCUUGGCUCACUCCUCAGCGCUGCAGGCCAAAGAUGAAGAAAUACAAGCAUUAAAGGAUGAGCUCCAGUCUCAGCAAAAGGAACUUGAGUCUCUCAGGGAAGAAAUUAAACCCUUCAGAGGAGGAGAAAAUCAGAGCUACAGCUCUCUGGAGAGUGAACUGGCCAAAGUUCGUCAGGAGAAAGAAGUGCUCACUCAGCAGCUUCUCAACACAAUCAAACACAAGGUGGUGCUGUCUCAAGAACUGGAUGCCUGGCAGGAGGACAUGCGCUUCAUCAUCAAUCAACAGGUGCUGCAAAGGGAAGAGGAGAAGAAGAAGGAGAAGCAGGAAAAGGGGAGCGCUGUUGGACUCCAAAGAAGCAAGUCUUUGAGAGUGAAGGGUGAAGGAGGAAAAGGAUUCUUUUCCUCUUUAUUCAAGGACAAAUAAGACAGCCUCAUUUGUCCUUUUGGCAACAGAUGAUGGACACUGAUCAAUAUCGGCAAUAUCAGCAAGUUAAAUGUUUACAAAUGUAAUGUCUGAAUGUACUUUUCUGUUUGUAAAUAUGUACAGUUUAUUAAUAAUUUUAAACUUUUAAUAAAAACAUUAGAAUUUAA